AUGUCGUUGUCGACUACAGCCCCGAGCCAGAUAGGCAAUGGCAAUUUGCCUGUGCCCAAUCUACCACCAGUUGCACUGGGCAUGUCCCAGAAUCCCAACACAGUCUUCCAGCAGAUCCAUGAAAUGUCGUCUAAGCGAAUCUCAACUCUAGACUAUCUACGAAAAGCCAAUGAUGGUCAUGUCUAUUGGUAUAAUACACUUCUAUUCAGUAAAAUGGAUCUGGCAAAGAUGCCAUAUUUCGAAACCAAGAAGUUGGCACGACGAGCAACCAAUUACCUACUGCUUGGUCUUUCACUGCCGACAAUUCUUGACCUGAACUCUUCCAAUCCUCAAGAUUAUCUCCGAGCACUCAACGCCUUACUCGUAGAGUUUGAAUCAUAUCAACAAAUACAUUCCCCCGACGGUUCUACCAGCUCCUCUUUAUCGAGAGCCCGUAUCCCGCAAAUGUUCAAGCGCGCUACUCACACGAGCGGAAAGAGUCGCCGGACCAGCUCGGCUACCGAUAUUGGACUGCCAAUGAACGCUGGUGACCAUGGAGAUCUGAAAUUUGGCAUGAAUAGCGCAGGCUCGACAACCUCGACUGUAUCGUUUCUCCCAGCGGGAGAUCAAGAUCUCUUGCCUGGUGAGGAAUAUCAUUACCUCCUCACCCCGUCUCUGCCAUUCGAUCCUGACUUCUUCGAGACCUUCGCAACGCUUUGCGACGUCCUCAUUGAUUGCUACACACGGGUGAUGAGCCUAAUUCCAUCCCCUACAACGGUUUCUCCAGGUCUGGGUGAGAUUUUUGCUAAAGCGGAUGCACGCUUGCGCAAGAUCAUGGUGGCGAAUCUCAUUAAAGAAUUUGAAGACACGAGCCGGACAGGGGCGAGGGCUGAGUUUGCUGGGCUAGGCAAAGUUGUGCUCGGCGGUUUGACGUAA